CAGCUGGUGGAAAAUCAUAUCGAUAAUCAGCUGCUAUUCAUCUCGUUUACAAUCCGCUUCGCUUGCUUCGUCGCUUCAACUUCGUCGGCUACUCAGCGCUUCCUGCUCAUCUACAAUAAUCAUCAUGGCCCCGUCCGUCAUCGCAGUCUCUGCCGUCAACACUGCCGCUACUCAGCCUCACUUCGUCUCCGUUCUGAUGUGCUCCGGUCCACACUCGGGGAAGGUCUUCGCUGUCCUCGUUCAAGACCUCGUCCACCGUCGCAAGAAGCUGGACAUCGGUACACACGUCCUCGUCAAGCGUCACGAUGGCAGUAAGAGGGUCAAAGGCGUCGUAGUUCACAUGAAUCCAUUCCUCAACGCUGGGUUACCUCCAGCUAAGGCCAAAGCAGUACCAGUUCCCAAUCUGCCUCGACAGCAACCAGCCAAGCGACCAUGUAUGCCAGAGCAGCCAAGCCUAGCCGACGACGUAGCGGUCCGUGCAGCGAAGCGGUCAAAGCCUGGUCCUUCUCAACCGAACGGUGUCUCGGCCCUCCAACCAGCCUUGCUCCAGAUGGGUCCACAUGGCACGGUCUUCAUUCGCUGCUUCAACCAAGAGCCUGAGCCUCCCUGUCGACGCAUCUUCGGUCCUCAGUCUACCCGCUACCCAACCCGACACCGCGUCCGCCGAGAGCUGGUCUAUGGCAAGACGUCGAUGAAGCUCAAGGGGUCAUCGCAGCCCGUCAGCGUUGAGGAGCUCGACGGCAUCGUUCCUCUCGACUGCCUCGACGACAUCGUCUCCGUCAACGAACUCUGUGAAGCAUUGACUCAAGCCAGGGAGGAAGCAGUUUCGAUCGUCGGUCCGCUCCACUCCACUCCGAUCUCCGCGCCACCUCCUAGCCUAUCCGACGCUCCGUCCAUCACGCCGUACUUCAAGGGAGAGUUUCAACCGCUCCGACCAGCGCCCUACUCACGCAACCUCUUUGAAGCCGAGCCUCGGGUCGAACGCCACGCCGACCAGAGACUGAAUGAUGGACUGUACCCCGCCAGCUUUCUUGGUUCGCGGAUGUCUUCCCCUCGUAUGGCUUGAACUAUUUUAUUUUGGACACUUAUCCCAUUUGAUGAUUCAUUGUGACAAUUUUGGAAAUCUCUUGAACUUUUACCUUAUGUAUUUAUGUAACUUUAAGAAGGGAACCAUCCACGUUUUACCUUUCAAUUACUCUUGCCUUGACAGUGUUCAAUAACAAUUGGAACCAGUAUUUUUCUACUCAUAACUUUCCUUUGUGAAAUGGAAUUGCAUUUUUUAUUUGCAUGAUUUGUAACAUCCAGUUGUAAAUGAUCAGAUAGCAUAUGUGCUUUGUGUGCAUACAAAUUGUAAAUAUGCAUGGACAUAUGGAUGUAUCAGUUUGUAAAUAUUCAAUUGUUGCUAUUGCACUGUGGUGCAAAUUUGUAAAUAAUUU